CGUGAACGACCAACAACGUCACAUCAUAAUGUCACAAAGAAGGCUACUGGUUGGGGCCAUUGUGGCCAUCUCCCUCGCGUCGGUAGUCACCUGCGCGCAGAUCGAAGACCCCUGCAAGACGAAGUCACGCGUAGUCGGCGACGACAAAUAUUGCGACAAGUACUGGGAGUGCGACAACGGGCAGUCUGUGCAGUACGACUGCCCUAACGGUCUGGUGUUCGCCGGGAAGCACAGGGGCGUGACUGAGGGCUGCGACUACCCGUGGAGGUCGAACUACUGCGAGUACCCUAAGGUUCAGAUAAAUCCUCCGAUCGGCACGGAGCACUGCGACUGGCUGUACGGUAUCUUCGGGCACGAGACCUCCUGCACGCGCUACUGGACGUGCUGGAACGGCACGGCCACCGAGCAGCUCUGCAUCGGCGGUCUGCUCUACAACGAGCACGCGCACUCCUGCGACUGGCCCGAGAAUGUCGACGGCUGCCAAAAGCACCCUCUCUGCAACGAAGACCCCAACGGCAAUGUGCCCCUAGGCAAAUCCUGCAACCGGUACUGGCAAUGCCAAGGGGGUUACCCGCGUCUUCAGCGCUGCCCCGCCAUGUUGGUGUUCGACCGCCGUUCGCUGCGCUGUGUGGUGCCCCCCACUGAGGAAUGUGACAUUCCCACCACCACUCCAGCACCGCCGGAAGAUGAGCCUAGAGAAAGACAGAGCCAGCGACCGAACAACGAGUUCCAGGAGCAGUCGCAGCAACGCCCCAGGCCCAGGAACUGAGGCUGGGGACUGACACAAAAUACGAGAAGACAAAUAAACUAGGCUAGUUCAAAGAGUCACCGUUAGAUGGCGUUAUUUUCAAUAGAGACAAGAGUGUCCGUUAGGAAAGCUACUUAUACCCUUUUGAUGAUUUU